UAUUACAUAUAAUACAUGUGAAUAAAUUUUAUAUGUCGUUAAUUUAUUUAAUUAUCUAGUUAAUAUUAUACUCCUAUUGUUAACUUCUAUUUGUGAAUGUGCAAUUUUUUAGUCUUAAUUUGUAUGUAUAAUGGAUUCCAAAUCGAAAAAAUAUGAAAUUAUUGAAUUUUUGGGCGAAGGACAGUUUGCUACUGUAUAUAAAGCUAAAGAUUCAGUCACAGGCAAUAUUGUAGCUGUCAAAAAGAUUAAAGUUGGUACUGUGGAAGAUGCCAAAGAUGGUGUUAAUCGUACUGCUUUAAGAGAAAUUAAACUUCUUAUUGAACUGGAUCAUGAAAAUAUUAUUGCUUUAUUUGAUGUUUUCGGUCAUUUAUCUAAUAUAUCUUUAGUAUAUGAUUUUAUGGACACAGAUCUUGAAGUUAUCAUUAAAGAUUCAUCAAUAGUAUUCACCCAAUCUCAUAUUAAAGCCUAUACUAUAAUGACUCUUAAAGGAUUAGAAUAUUUACAUAUGAAUUGGAUUUUACAUAGAGAUUUAAAACCUAAUAACUUGCUAGUCAAUAAAAAAGGUGUAUUGAAAAUUGCUGAUUUUGGUUUAGCAAAAAGAUUUGGAACACCUGAUCGAUUACAUACACAUCGAGUAGUAACUAGGUUUUAUCGAGCACCUGAACUCUUAUUUGGAGCUCGAGCUUAUGGACCUGCAGUUGACAUUUGGGCAGUUGGAUGUAUUGUGGCAGAACUCUUGCUUAGAGUUCCUUUUUUACCCGGUGAAUCUGAUUUAGAUCAGUUAACCAAAAUAUUUACUACUUUAGGAUCUCCAAAUGAAGAAACUUGGCCUGAUGUUGCCAAAUUAUCAGACUAUGUGGUAUUCAAAAAGUUUCCAGCAAUUCCUCUAAGAGAAAUAUUUACAGCAGCUCCCAAUGAACUACUAGAUGUUAUCGGCGGUAUGCUUAAUGUGAAUCCUUUGAAGAGACCAUCAUGUUCAGAAGCAUUACAAAUGCCUUACUUUAGUAAUCGACCACCACCUUCAUUAGGAAGUCAAUUACCUUUACCAUCUUGUCUUAGAGAUAGUAAUCCAGAUGAUCAGGAUACAAAGGGACAGAAACGAAAAUUUACCGAUUAUUUAGAAGGAGGAACACAACCAAAACGUUUAGUCUUUGAUAGCCUCGUUUAAGUAUGUUUAAUAUACAGUAUACACACAUAAGAAAAUCUUAGAAUAAAUUGUAAAUCAUAUUUUUGUAUACAUGAAAUAAAUUUA